AUGAACGGGCUUUUACAACCAUCAUUAGCUUUUUUCAAAAGUUUGGGCUGGCGUGGAAAGCUAUUAGCUACAUUUGGAGUAAUAGUCUCAACGGAUGUAAUUUACGAGUUGUGGCUAUUACUUCGAGAUGUGGUUCAUCGGAAAAAAAGCCAGAUGCGCUUUUGUGAAGUGCAUUUUAUGAACAGACGAAAAAUUGCAAACCCUUCUCCGAGUUCACUGGCGUUGAAAUUCGAGCAUACCAACCGGCUCGUUAGCUAUAUUGACCGAGCUGAGAAAUCAAUAUAUCUGUCCAUGUAUAUAUUUACGAUCAAAGAGGUUUGCGAAGCAGUUAUACGAGCAAAGAAUGAGCGAUCGGUAACAGUUAGAGUAGUCUCCUGUGAAUCGAUGGUAUACAACGAAGGAUCGCAACUUCGCAAUUUGAUUGACGCAGACAUUAUUGUUCGGUAUAAGCUCAAUAGUGAAAACCUCAUGCACCACAAGUUUUGUCUGCUAGACACUGACUGGUGGUGUGCAAACUGUUUGAUGGCAUUCCAUUGUGCUCAAUACGGAGAACCUGCAAAUAUGCAAUUCUCCACUUUUGACAAGGCUGUUAUAAGCGAUAAACCUGGAUUAUACCGUUUAUUUGGAAGCUCGUGCACUCGUUGCGAUUCUAGCAAAAGAAAAUUAUCAACCCGGCAAAGAUCAGGAUCCAAUCCGUUACCAAAAGGUGGCAUUUUGAUUACGGGAUCCAGCAAUUGGACGAUGGCAGCUCUAAGCUUGCACUGGGACAACAUGAUAUUAACAUCGUUUCCAGAAAUGGUUAAUCCGUUUAGCGUAGAGUUUCAGCGAAUUUGGUAUGAAAUGAAUGAUAUUUUAGUCAGUUCGCAGCUGCCGGUUCCAACUUAUAAAAAAGACGAUGCGAAAUGA